CGCGCUUCCUCCCCUCUCCUCUCUGCCUCUUUUCUCCCUCCUCGGUGCUCCUCCACCAGAACCCUAGCUGCCGUCUCCCACUCUCGUCGGGCAGCUCUCUCAGCAGCACCUGAGGCCGUUGUCUCUCCUUGCGCGGUCUGCCCCAGCCCUGACCCCCGGAGAUCCGGGGCUGUUCUCGGUUCUUUACGCGGAGGCGGAGGUUGGUUUCUGAUCUGGGGAUCGGUUCGUGCGGGGAUGAAUACGAGGCCGGUGGUGCUCGUCUUCCUCCUGCUCGUGCUCGUCAUCACGUCGCAGUUCGAGUGGAAGCAGCAGAUCGGGGAGGCCGCGGACGCCGACCCGGCCGCUGCCCGCCGCCGGCAGCAGCUGCACGCCAGGGAGGAUGCCGUCAAGGAAAAGAUUAUAUUAUCCCAGGAGAAAAAUAUCCAACAGCUCAACCAGCUUAUCGAGAGCCUUCAGCGCCAGCUACUGCACUGCCGUGGUAGCAAUAACACUGUUCAUGCUGCUGCCGCCGUUGCCACAGAAGCGAGUGAAGUCGAGGGACAUGAGGUCAUUGAAGAUGAGAAUAGACGAUGAUCCUUGGCGUACAUGCUUCUACGAUGCCGGUACAGCUGCUAAAGAGCAGAACAGUCGUCUGAAUGCUUGAAUUCACUGUAUUGUAUAUUUGAUACUCCGCCGACUAGUGGAUUCCCCCGACCCUGUAAGCCUGUAGAGAAUUGUAAUUUUUUAUAAUGUGAUUUAUUUAGGUCGCGGCUACUAAUUCACCUGG